AUGGAUGGGAUCAUAGCCCCCGGCUUGCGGUGCAAUUUUUCGCAGACUGUCGGUCUCGCUGGUCCGGAUCCCCUAAGCCAGGCAGUUCAGGACCAAGACAAUGCCCAAGGUAAUAACCCAGAGCCGGGCUUUAAAUCCACCGUGUUUAAAAUGUUCGAGGCGGCGGCAACAACCUUUGCAUCAAUUGCAGUCCUAGGCAUUGCUGGCUACUCCUAUCACCGCUACUACAAGUAUCUUAUCUUGGAUAAGAUGGAAAAUGCCUUCAAGCCAGGUGACCCAGCGCUCGAGGUCGCCGGCGUGGAGGCAGGCAAGCACCAGUAUCACCACAACGAGCACUGGUUUGUUCGAGACGAGCAGCCCAAGAUCGAUAAAGUUAUUUCGGGCGAAAUUACCGGCCAUUACUUCCUACUUAUCGGCGAAAAGGGCACGGGAAAGACCUCCAUGUUGUUAGAAGCGAUGCGAAAGAUCAAUGGAGAAGGGUGCGCAAUGUUUGAAGCACAUGGAGAUUUGGAAAUUUUUCGAAUCCGGCUCGGAAAGGCUUUGGAUUUCGAGUUUCAUGAAGACUACAUUGGAAGUCUUUUUAGCAUCAAAGGCCCCCGGGAUACUACCGCGCUCUUGGAUAUCGAGCGUGCUUUCAACAAAUUGGAGAAGGUGGCUUUGGCAAGAAGACGCCAGCGCUUGCCUCCCCUCGUGUUGAUUAUCAACAGUACUCACCUGGUUCGGGAUGACCACGAUGGCCAAGAUCUUCUCGAAAUGAUUCAGCAGCGAGCCGAACAGUGGGCAGCUGGGAACCUGGUGACCACGAUCCUGAAUAGUGACGAUUACUGGGUAUAUGAGAGGCUGAAACGAUAUGCGACAAGAAUGGAAGUUAUCCCGGUUAAAGACCUUUGUAAAGGAGAGGCAAUGGCCGCCCUCAAGAAUUACCGUAAACAAUAUUUCGGGGAGAACCUGUCGGACCAUAUUCUCGAGGAAGUAUAUGAUAAGGUUGGGGGCCGUCUCUCCUACCUCAACAGAGUGGCAAAGGCGCCAGAUCCCAUGAAGAUCUGUGACAGCAUCUGCACGGCCGAAAAGACAUGGUUUCUCAACAAAUGCUGGAUCUUGGGAUCCGAAAUGGAUGACGAUGUCAUGGAUGAACAGAAGUUCUCCUCGGCAGCAAUGGUUUUGGCCAAAGCACUAGUGGAUAAGGAACAGACGAUGGAGAAGAUUUAUGACCCAGACCGUGGUCACAUUUUACCCGAGAUCCCCCUUCACGAAGCGCGGCAAAUUAUGACGAGGGCCGACUUUAUCCAAAGCUAUGACCAUGAGAAUAUUUUCACCAUUGACUCUCGGGCUAUGGUUCGAGCCGAUUCCGUGGCCAUGCAGAUCGCAUUCAGGGAGAUCUGCUCUAUCCCCGGAUUUGAAGAGCAUUUGGAGAAUACCCUGGAGCGUAUUGGAGACAUUGAGAGCUUAGGACGCACGCGAGAGCUGACGAUCAAGGACCUCUGGAACCAAGGCAAGUAUCAGAUUGCCAUGCGGGACUACAAAGGUCGCGAGCAGGGAAGCAUUGCGUUCUCUGUUCAGGAGGGAGAGAAAAAGGAUGAUGACUGA